AUGGCUGCCGUACAGACCUUGCCUGCUGCCGCCAACACCAUCGAAGGAUGCUCUUCACUCUCGACGUCACUGUCUGCGCCACCCCCAACGUCACUGGCACCCUCACCACUCAACCAACCCAACCAUAGCCCGACACAACCGCCCAUCGAACAACGCGAACUGCCAUCCGUUGACCUGGGAGUGACAAUGACGACGACAUCGCCGCUGCUGCGGCUCCCUCUGGAACUUCGCACGCUCAUCUACAGCCACCUGACGCCGGCGCAACCGCUGUCGUACCCGCUGGGGCCGAACACGGCCAUCACGGCACUGUCGCACCGGCCGCCGCCGCGGGCGCUGCUGCUGACGUGCCGGGUGCUGGCAUGCGAGGCGCUCGACCACUUCUAUCGCGUGGCGCGCUUCCGUGUCAUGCUCAACCCGCCGGCACCGCUGGCGGACCCGCACUUCCAGCGGCUGGCGCACCUGCCGCAGCUCCGCCGCAUCCGCAACCUGGGCGUGCUGCUCGACUGGGAUUUCCCCAAGGUGCCGUCGUACGCGCGCGGCGCCGGGGCCGAGGGCUUCGAGUUCGGGAUGGAGGCCGAAGUGCCGUUUUUCAGGCAGGUCAUGGACCGGGGGAGGUGCGCCGACAUGCUGAGGCUGACCAAGAGGCUGGUGGGGGUCUUGGGCGCGGCGAGGGAGUUGAGGACCGUGUGCGUCAGCUGGACGGACUUGGUGGAGGGGUGCUGGGAGGAGAAAAAGGCGGUUCUGGACGUGAUGGUGGGGGGAGUGAAGGCGAAGGGCGUCAAGGUCGUGCGGGGAGAUGUGGUCGCGUUGGAUGAGGACAGCGCGGUGAGGCUGUUCGACGUAUGGAACGUCGUCGGAGAGGGAGGGAGGUGA